AUGACCGAAGUGGGCUGGUGGAAGCUGACCUUCUUGCGGAAAAAGAAAUCCACACCCAAGGUGCUCUAUGAGAUCCCCGACACCUAUGCCCAAACAGAGGGCAGCGCAGAGCCCCCUGGGCCCGAGGGCGGAGGCCCCGACGGCAACUUUAACACCCGCCUGGAGAAGAUUGUGGACAAGAACACAAAGGGCAAGCAUGUCAAAGUCUCCAAUUCGGGCCGCUUCAAGGAGAAGAAGAAAGUCCGAGCCACGUUGGCAGAGAACCCCAACCUCUUUGAUGACAGGGAAGACAAAGGACAGUGA